ACGUUGAAUCCUUUUCAAGUCCACCUUCCCGACGCUCUAUAUAUACAUCGAGGUCGAUCUUAACAAUUUUCGUACGUCUCAUCAGAUAAUCAUUCUUCUGAGAACCAAAAGCCCUAAGCUCUCUUCGCGAUUUCGUCUCUCUUUUUGUUCUCUCCAGAUUUUCUCACCUGUUUCUGCGAAUUCGAGGCUAAAUGGCUCGUACGAAGCAAACCGCUCGCAAAUCAACCGGUGGAAAGGCUCCCCGGAAGCAGCUCGCAACAAAGGCGGCGAGAAAGUCAGCCCCAACCACCGGUGGAGUCAAGAAGCCCCAUCGUUACCGUCCUGGAACUGUUGCGCUUCGUGAAAUCCGAAAAUACCAGAAGAGCACAGAACUUCUCAUCCGCAAGCUGCCUUUCCAACGACUUGUCCGUGAAAUCGCCCAAGAUUUCAAGACUGAUUUGAGGUUCCAGAGUCAUGCGGUUCUUGCGCUUCAGGAGGCAGCCGAGGCCUAUCUUGUGGGUCUCUUUGAGGACACUAACUUGUGUGCCAUUCAUGCCAAGAGGGUCACCAUCAUGCCCAAGGAUAUUCAACUGGCUAGGCGAAUUCGUGGCGAACGCGCUUAAACAAUGAUGACCACAUUGUUUCUUUACUGGAAAAGAUGAAUCUCUUUUUUAAUAAAGACUAUUUCAGCCCUUCUUUUAGCUUUUGUAUGUAAGCUUGGAUAUUAAUUCUUACAGUCAUUAGGAUUUGGGAGUAGUAGUUGCAUUACAAGACCUUAUUCUGGUUCUGUAAAAUUUUUAGUUCAAUAUAGUAUUAAAAUCUCUUUGGUGCUUGCAA